GACCGAACAACUUUUGUGGUCGCUGUUCAAGUUUAGAAGAACAGGCGCGGCGCUCGGUGAGUAGAACGAGGGUAAGAGAGAAGAUUUACAUUACAAGUCGUGCUCGUGCUGGUAUGUUCUUGCCAUAAAAAAAUGUACUAGAAGUAUUGUGCCCCCGUGAGUGGUAAUGCGAAGCUUCUCCUGCAUGUCCACGUCCAUGAGCGACGCCCGAAACUACCAGAUGUUCGACCGGCUCGACGCUAUCCUAGACAAGCUUCGAAAGAAAGGAGAACAAGGUCUCAAGCAGAAGGCUCGAGCAUUGUGGUCAGGCUUGACACUAUGUCACAGCGACUUGCUUGCUGGGAAUGUCAUGGUGGCUAAACAUGAUAUACAUACGCUGAACAAUGGCGGUGCUGGCGAGGAUAAAGGUAAAGCAAAGACGCAAGAGACAGACACAGACGUAGCAGUAGCAGACGAGAUGCAAUUUAUCGAUUUUAUUGACUAUAUUAGUUGGUUCGUGGAAUUCACGCGGAGGUUACGAUUUAUGCAACCAUUUUGCCGUCAUCCUGGAAUCUUCUACUUCACUGGAGAGUUGUAAUCUGGAAAUGGAAUGAACUGAAGAGUCAGUAAUUGAGUGAUCAUGUGUCAACUUCUGUUAAGAGAGCCACGAUACAACAUUCAAAAGCACACGACCGGUGAGUAGAAGUAGAGAGCUGUUGAGUUGUGAAGAUAUUUCUGUUUGCAGCAGCGCUUCUAGUUCUUGAGAAAAUCAAAAUGUUGAAUCAUGAAGAUCAUACAAGUAGGAGACGAGGUUGUUUUUAC